AUGCCAUCUGCAUUUUUGGAAAUACAUACAUUUUAUACUCUAGAUACUGAACUCGUUCUACCACUUGAUGGAACUUGUGUGCCUAUUCAAACUAAUCUUUUAAACUUACAAUCACUUGUAAUUCGACAAUGCUCACCACGCUUUCUAUCAUAUUUAUUUGAGCAUCUUCCACUAUUGGAAACGCUCAGCUUUGAACGGUGUACUCCUUGGCUACUUCCUAAACAUCCACUGGAACACGGUCAUAACAAUCGAGUUGCUUCGAAUCUACGUUAUCUUAAUAUAAAAUGGAAUGAAUGUAUCAUGAAUGUGAAAUCAAUUAAUGAAUUAUUUGAACGUGAUGUUUUAUUUUCACUAACGAACUUCAUAUUAGCGGCACAAGUGAAUUCUCCCUAUGUUCUUCACAACUUACUAUCGAUACUUUCCUGUCAAUGUUUAUAUUCGUUCUAUGUUAACUGGUUUGUGAAAACUGUAAUCAUACCACUAGAACCAAAUAAAAUCUUAUCCAACAUGUUUGAAGCACUCAAAGGGCCAGUGCCAAUUGAAUUGAAACUAUGUUUCAGAGAAAAUAUGUAUUAUAUUAUUGCUGUGACAUUACCAAGAAUGGAGAAAUCUAUGUGUGUCCGUUAUUAUCUACGUAAUAGUGUGCAUGGUUAUAAAAUUAACAUUUUUGUUUUUUAA